CUUUUGCAAGUACCGCCCAAUGCAACAACUGUAAAUACCAAACACAACGACAUUGCUCACUUCACGUGCACAGCACUUGGACAGGAUACCGUCAGAUGGAAAAGAGAGGGAGAAGAUUUGAAAGAGGAGGAUCUUGGGGUCGCCAUCCUGUCCGCACUGAAAAAGCCAGGAUCUUGGGAAAGCCAUUUACUCAUUGCGGUGACGAGCGAAGAUUUGCGAGGAAAAUACGAAUGUUUUUCAAGCGCCGAUUCUAACGCAACCCAGGAAACCUUUUUUAUUGGAAGUAAGAACUUAAACAAUUAAAACAAAAUAGGGCAAAACAAAUCACUCAUAUGCAUUCACAGUCGCUCUACACACUUCAGAAACAGAGAAAUAUUUUGAAUGAAUAAUAACUCAGAUUAAUCUCAAGUAACGUCAGAACGCUGCUUAAUGUCAUAUUUCGCUGCUUGGAAACUUUGGUGUAUUUUAUUUCUUUUGAUCCUGAAAACUAACCUGUUAUCUCAACACCCGUCUGAGUGCAACUUUUUUCUAAAUUUUAGCUUUAGCGCUUCUCUGUAUAUCUCUACGAGAACGGCUCGACAGAAUUCUUUUUAAAUCUCAUCACAUAAUCUUCACAGUACAUUCAAGACAAAACUAGCCUACGAACCGGGCAAAAAUCCGCGUUACAGGAUUCACUGUUUUGACGUUGUGCUUAUUUUUCCAAAUUAAGGCGGACCAUACAUACCUCCAUGACUAGUACAUUAUUUUAAGGUAUCAUAGCACAUUGUGUUUGAAGAGGUUUCUUUUACGCCGCGUAGACUUAUUUAGUUUUUUUCAAAAGCACAUUACAAUCAUCAUCAUCAUCAUCAUCAUCAUUAUCAUUUUAUUUAUUUAUUUAUUUAUUUUUAGUAUUAAUUUUUGCAGAAGACCCUGAUCUCGAGGGAAAGCUAACAAAGGAAGAAACCUGGGCGAUCAUCUUGGCCUCAUCUAUCACCAUGGUUCUCGUCAGUUCUAUCGCGUUUUUUCUGUGGCGUGGAAACCGAAGACUUAAGAAAGCGCGUGCGGCAGACCUGGCAGAGAGGUCAAGAACAAGGAAUAGUCACCAUGGUGCUCGGGUAUGUACCAACAGUUGUGAGAUGAGCACUUUUCUGAAGUUCAAACAACGCAGCGAUACAAUAAGCUAAACAAAUCGACAAGAUUGCUGUACUCUUAUCGACCAUAGCAACAAAGUUCAAAAGUUCAAAAUUCAAGUUGAGUGCGAGCGGUUAGACUGCAAAGGUUUGAACAUUUUGACGUCAUUUUUAUGGUCGAUAAGAGUAUAGACCGUGAAAAAUUGUUGUUGAUUUGUUUGCUACAAUAAAAAAGACAGUUUCUGACGUUCAUUUCGGUUGAAGUUUCUUGGAAAAUCGCUAACCACAAGAUCGAGUUAAAUAAAUUGCGUUACCGCCAUCCCGUCAUUGCCAUGGUGUAUUUGACGGAUAUAUUUUUCAUGUUGCCGAGCGUCUCUUCACUACUAAUAGUGUUUUCACUCACGUGGCCUGCAUCUACGCAAAUUUAUUGAAACAAAAGAAAGCGUUUGCAUAAGAAAAGAGUUCAACCCCCAGAGGAUUGGUUUAGGACACCAACAUGGCCGCCGUUUCAUUGUUUUGGGACACCAAUAUGGCCGCCGAGACGUCAUGUGAAAACACUCUAUAGAUCACAGAUGACAUCAAAAUGGGGUAAGAGCAAAACAAAGUGGGACACGAGCCGCAGUUAUUUCAAAAAUGCACUUUUAAAGAGAAAGAUAUAGAAUACGCUUCAUACGUGUUGUCUCAUCAUCUCAUCAUCCCAAGGGGGCAAUUGUGGAAAAGUUCAAUCGUUUAAACUGCAGUCGGGUCACAGUUCCUCACGAACACAUCUCUUUACUGACAGUUUCCUUAGUCCCAAAGAAAGAGCGAUUUUCGUUCAGUUGACCUUAAUGAUCCCAUAACCUGGAUCUUUUAUAUUUCAGGUAAACCGCGCCGUGGAGGAAGAGAUCAUCGAAGAGAGACAACCUGGGACCGAGGUCAGGAUAGAACCGGAUAACAGAAACAACAAUAGUCCCAAAGUAGUCGGAAACUAUCGUCCACAAUCGCAAACUGUCGGCAUACCCGAGGUUAUUGUUAGGCCCAAGCCAGAAGACGAGAGGAGCACACAAUUUUGA